GCGAUCAGCAACUUCGUCAGACUCACAUCCAUCUCACUUCGACUCACGGGGCACUGCUUCGCAGGCCCCUACGAACCUACACGAAUCCACGCCAUCCAAAAUAUCUGAGUUUGAAAGCUCACGAUGGAACAAGAACUUACUCAGAUUGUGCAAGCAAUCACCAUCGCAUCGGACCCGGCACAAGCUGCCCUCCACCAACAGGCCUUGGACUAUCUCGGAACAAUUCAACAAAACGCUGGAACUACGUGGAGGAUUGCCCUGCGCCUGUUCAUUGAUGUAAAUCCAGAGGGCACGCGCAAGUACCAACCCGAAGCUCGAUUUUUCGCGUUGAGGGUGUUGGAUGAGUUCUUUGACAAUCGAUUCGAGCUGUUGGAUGAGGAUUCGUUUCGAACUAUUCAGCAAGGUAUUCUCAACUACAUCCAGAGCGAAUAUGUGUUUGGGCAGGCGGAAGCCAAUUCCACCUUCCUUAGGAACAAAUUCUCUCACACGCUCACCCUCUUCUUUCUCUGCACAUAUAUCUCACAAUGGCCGACAUUCUUCGCGGACUUGUUUACCCUGAUUCGUCCCGCACAAUCAUCGUCGAAUCAACCGGCGUUCAACCAUCACAUCGUCCUUCUGUUUUUCCACAUUGUGCUCGAGAUUUCUGGAGAAGUGGCCGACCAGCUGCUCAAGUCGGCGCGCACCUUCGACGAGACUCGUCAUCAACGCGAUGGACGCGUCCGGGAUGCAGUCAGAGAGCGAGACGCCGCUGGGAUAAACGAGGCUGUGCUGACCAUCGUUGCGGACGCGACAGAACUCAUCAAGAGAAAUGACACCUCCGACCGCGAAAAAGCAUCUGCUGUUGAAACGGUGGAUCUCGGAAUCAGGACUUUUGGGUCGUAUGUUGGGUGGAUCGACAUCAACCUGACUGUCACUCCGACUACCGUUCCGUUAUUGUUUAAUCUGCUCGCAGAUCCAGCUGUCCCCAUCCGUCUUGCCACCGUGACAGCAAUGUCCAAAAUUGUCACUAAGGGCUUGAAAGAACCGACAGACAAGCUGCAACUUCUCAAAGUCCUAUCUCUGGGUCAAGUUAUCGAAGCUCUUGAGGCCAGGACAAGGGCUGAGCAAGCUGCACGGUCGGACACGGAUGAGGACGAAGAACUGUACCGGGAAGCAUUAGGCAAGCUUCUCAACGUGCUUGGACUCGAACUCUCCAAACUACUUGAGGAUGGAGUCCAGCCGGACGUCAGAACAGAGGCGUCUGGACUUUUGGGCCAGAUACUGCCCAUCAUGUUGCAAUUCAUGGCCGACGAAUACGACGACACAUGCACCACCAUUUUCCCGCUGCUGCAAACUAUCCUCGCAAGCUACAAACGUGCCCGCAAAGCGUCUGCGGACCCGCUGGAUGAGACUAAACGGUCGUUCCUUACUUCGCUCAUGCAAGUAAUGUUGAGGAAACUCAAAUGGGACGAGGAAACCGAUCUAGAAGAUCCAGAUGAAGAUGAUAUCUCUGAGUUUGACUCGCUGCGCAAGGAACUGAGGACAUUCAUCGAUUCGGUGCAGGUAGUGGACGAAUCUCUCGUCGUAGAGCCCAUCUACACGCUGGUUAUGUCCACCAUCAAUGCCCAUCAAACGGGCGUCCCCGUGAAAUGGAACGACUCUGAACUCGCGGCUUAUCUUAUCUACGCAUUCGGAGAAAUCAAUAAAGGGGGUGGCAAAGGCCGAGCCGCGUUCUGUCAAGCUCCUGCCGUGGACAAGGGUCAAAGAAAGGUGGCGGACUAUUCUAUCUAUCCUCUGACGCCCCAUGGUGAGAUGCUCUUUGCACUGAUCCAAUCCAACCUGUCUUCGCACCCGGAUCGCCGGGUCGCCCUUCAAUUUUUUGAGGCCGUUUCCCGUUACCCCGACUUCUUCAAAGUCCGCAAAGAGUGUAUCCUUCCGAUCCUUGAAGCCAUGAUUGAUUCCCGUGGUCUGCACAGCACGGAAACCAACCAUCGAUUACGGCUUUUCUACUUGUUCCACCGCUUCAUCAAGGAGGUCAAGCACGACAUCCCUGCCGAGGUUGCCGCCAACAUCGCAGAUAGCAUCCGGGACCUGUUGCGCAUUGAAGUCCAGCUCCCAGAACCCGAGGCCGAGGACUCAUCUGACGCCCUUGCCGAGGCUGUACGCGAUCCGACUUUUGACUCGCAACUGUAUCUGUACGAGACAGUGGGCACGCUCUGCUCGUUGACUUGGAAAACCCCUGAUCAGCUGGCGUCACUGCUGCUCUCUUUCGUCAAACCACUCAUGUCUGAGCUGUCGGACAAUCUGCAAGCUUAUGGUGCGAAGGGAAGCCAGGAUCUGGUCCCCAUCGUGCGAGUGCAUCAUGCUAUCAUGGCGCUCGGGACGGUGACAAAAGGCUUCCCCGAUUACCCGAAUCCAGUGCCUGCAGACUAUAUAUCCUUACCCAUAGACCAGUUCCGAGAGAUCUCGCAGGCCAUCCUGGUUUGCUUAGAAGCAAUGAACACUCUCAAAGACGUCCGAGAUGCUAGUCGAUUCGCUUUCGCGCGGAUUCUAGCAACUACGGGACCCAACAUCACGCACCUCAUCCCUCAGCUCAUGUCCGACCUUCUCUCGCACUUUGAGCCAUCGGAGCUGGUCGACUUCCUCAACUUCCUUGGGCUGUUGAUCCACAAACUUCAAAACGACAUGUACUCUGUCCUCGAUGAACUUUUCGGGCCGCUCAGCACGCAUAUCACCGGCCUUCUGGCACAGCCCGUCUCUGGUACCGACGAGCAACGCCUGCAACUCGAGACAAAAAAAGCGUACCUCACUCUCCUUAAUGGCAUUCUCAACUCAAAAGUGACAUCUGUGUUUAUCUCAGAACGAAACCGCGGAGGCUUCGACUCGCUCAUGGGAAGCAUGCUUCAGAUCGCCUGCGACACGUCGGAUCCUUCCUGCCAGCGGGCGGCGCUGCUGUUCCUCAUCCGAUCUGUCACAGUCUGGGGCCAAUCGUCGGCUGUCACGAACGGGAGUGGUACUGCAGAAAAAUCAUUGCCGGGUUUCGAGCAGUAUCUCUACGACCGGAUCAUCCCCGCUGUUUUUCCGAUUCUGUUCCGCCCGGAAGUUAACCUGAAGGAUCCUGGCCACAGCCAGGUGAUCAACGAAAUCGGAGUGCUGUUGCAGACCAUAUCCAAGGCACGCGGGGCCGAGGCCGAGGCCUUCUUCGCCAAUGUGUUCCUCCCAGCACAGGGCUGGCCACCCCAAACCGCAGCGGAGCUGACGACCAAUCUACGAGAUCUCGACGCCAGGGCAUUCCGCAAGUACUUUGCUGAUGUUGUGCGAGCGGCGCGGUCAUGA